CUCCUCCUGCCGGUGUGAUGGACGAGGAGGAGCCCAGAUUCCAGCAGCCUCUGGCGCCUCCAGUAUCUGCCAGACUGAGCGGAUGCGCGGAUGAUGGGAGCGGCUGGGGGACCGAGAUGAAGAGAUUCACGCUUGGAGGCGGGGCUGCGCGCAAAAGCUCCAGCAACAACAACGAGCUGUGGCUCCUGCAGGACGAGGACUCCUUUAAGGAACCUCUGGGAACCGCUGACAGCGCCGACUCUGCUUUGUUAUGCCCCGGGGAGGCUGCCGGUGGCCGGGGCGGCUCAGCGUCAGAGCACCACAGAGGGGACACAGUUUCGGAGGCAAGCGUGACAGGAGCGGGGCCCGUCGGAAUGAUAUGCAACAAGAACGGAGACUGUAGAAGGGACCCGACGAGUUCAGGGAGCCUGUCUUCUCUCAUCUCCAGACAAGAGAAGCAGGCGGAUGGAGCCGUAGGGAGUGAGGACGGAAGGGGGCAGGCCGGGGGGAUGGACGCCUCUGUCACUUCCGCGGGGUCUUUAAUUCAGGGGCCCGUCGGGACUGAGGUCAAGACCAGCGCAGCGACGGAGAAGAAGGACUCUAGAGUUUCCUUCUCCAACGCCCCUACUAGUAAAGGUCAGAUGCCGCCGGGCGUGGAGUCAAGAAACUCUGUCACUUUCACUAAAGCGGAGGACAGUUCUCAGAUAGUUCCGGACGAUGGGGACUCCAGGGGGAACCAGACGUACAUGCAGCGGCAGUUCAGCUCCAUGCUCCAGCCUGGAGUUAACAAAUUCUCCCUGCGCAUGUUCGGGAGCCAGAAGGCGGUGGAGAAGGAGCAGGAGCGCGUAAAGUCUGCGGGGAACUGGAUUAUCCACCCAUACAGCGACUUCAGGUUCUAUUGGGACUUCACCAUGCUGAUGUUCAUGGUCGGCAACCUGAUCAUCAUCCCGGUUGGCAUCACCUUCUUCAAAGACGAGACGACAACGCCCUGGAUCAUCUUCAACGUGGUCUCGGACACCUUCUUCCUCAUGGACCUGGUGCUCAACUUCAGGACGGGCAUCGUGUUCGAAGAUAACACCGAGAUCAUCCUGGAUCCCAAGAAGAUCAAGAAGAAGUACCUGAAGAGCUGGUUUAUCGUGGACUUUGUUUCCUCCAUACCUGUGGAUUAUAUCUUCCUCAUUGUGGAGAAGGGCAUCGACUCAGAGGUGUACAAAACGGCCCGGGCGUUGCGCAUCGUUCGGUUCACGAAGAUCCUCAGCCUGCUGCGCCUCCUCAGGCUGUCCAGACUCAUCCGUUACAUCCACCAGUGGGAGGAGAUCUUCCACAUGACCUAUGACCUGGCCAGUGCUGUGAUGAGAAUAUUCAACCUGAUCGGGAUGAUGCUGCUGCUGUGCCACUGGGACGGCUGUCUGCAGUUUCUCGUUCCCAUGCUGCAGGACUUCCCGUCUGACUGCUGGGUGUCACUUAACAAGAUGGUGAACGACUCAUGGAGCGAGCUCUACUCCUUCGCCCUCUUCAAGGCCAUGAGUCACAUGCUGUGCAUUGGAUACGGCAGGCAAGCCCCAGAGAGCAUGUCGGACAUCUGGCUGACCAUGCUCAGUAUGAUCGUGGGAGCGACCUGCUACGCCAUGUUUAUUGGCCACGCAACCGCCCUCAUCCAGUCUCUGGAUUCAUCAAGGCGGCAGUACCAGGAAAAGUACAAGCAAGUGGAGCAGUACAUGUCCUUCCACAAACUGCCGGCUGACUUCCGACAGAAAAUCCAUGAUUACUACGAGCACAGAUACCAAGGGAAGAUGUUCGACGAGGAGAGCAUCCUGGAGGAGCUAAAUGAGCCUCUGAGAGAAGAAAUUGUCAACUUCAAUUGCCGUAAGCUGGUGGCCUCCAUGCCGCUGUUUGCCAACGCCGACCCAAACUUUGUGACAGCCAUGCUGACCAAGCUGAGGUUUGAAGUCUUCCAGCCAGGAGACUACAUCAUCAGAGAAGGCACCAUUGGCAAGAAGAUGUACUUCAUUCAGCACGGAGUGGUGAGCGUCCUGACCAAAGGAAGCAUCGGCAUGAAGCUCAUGGACGGCUCCUACUUUGGCGAGAUCUGUCUGCUGACCCGAGGCAGAAGGACAGCCAGUGUUCGAGCUGACACCUACUGCCGCUUGUACUCUCUCUCAGUGGACAAUUUCAAUGAAGUGCUGGAAGAGUAUCCCAUGAUGAGGAGGGCCUUUGAGACAGUUGCCAUCGACCGACUGGACAGGAUAGGCAAGAAGAACUCGAUCCUGAUGCACAAAGUUCAGCAUGAUCUCAACUCUGGUGUUUUCAACAACCAUGAGAAUGAGAUGAUUCAGGAGAUAGUCAAAUAUGAUCGGGAGAUGGUUCAGCAAGUGGAUGUACCACGGCCACGGGCAAUGUCCUUGACCCCUCCGCUCCCCGGCGGGAUCUUUUCUCCUCCUGGUUCCUCCACUCAGCCUCGAGACUCGGCAAUCGCCACCCUGCAGCAAGCUGUGGCGAUGAAUUUUUGUAACCCCAUGCAAGGAAACUCAGUGGGAGCAGGGCCCUUGCAGUCUCCUAGGAUGGUGAGGAGAUUCCAGGUGAUGCAGAGUGUAUCCAGCCCAGUCUCUGCUUCUCCACUCCAGUCACAACUCCUUGCCUCCGGUGCCUUUGCUCCAGUCUUGGCCAGUCCCCCUAUUCAGAGUCCACUGGCUGCUGGAGGACGAUCAUUCCAGUACGGAUCCAGUGCGCUGACUGGUCCGAUAUCAGGCUCCCAGCUAUCUCUAGUUCAGCAGCACAUAUCCAGUCCUGCACACCGGCCCAACAUGCAUAAGAGCACCCAUUCUUUGCACCUGGGCAGCCUGAGCCAAGAUGUCAGGGCCCUGUCAGCAUCUCAGCCCUCACUGCCUCAUGAGGGGGUGCAACCAGCUGUCCCCAGUCCACCCCAGUCAAUACAAGUUUCUUCCACUUCUAUUGGACCCCCUCAGACGCCAAUAGGCCCCUCAAGCAUUCGGAGUGCAGUACCUCAUAGGGUAGUACUCCCCCACCAAAUGUCAGUGGGGGCCUUCCCUGUAGCAUCUUUGCCUGGUUCUGCGCAUGGUUUUGCAGCAGGGGUGGCAGUGGGUAGCAUGGGAACAGGUCAGGGGGACACACUACCACCUAAAAAGGACUCAAUAGCAAGCCUUCCAGAGACAGACCACAUGAAGGUGAGAUCUAGGCUAUCCUCAAACUUGUGAUCUUAAUCAAACUGUUCUAGGGGGAGUGACUGAACGAGGAACACGAUCACAGGAACACGUUCCUCUUUUUCCAAGUUUGACUAUCUGAAUGUAUGAAUGUUGAGCGAGCAGGCAGCAUCCAAAAUAUAUGAAUCUAAUGACAUUUGAUUCUACAACACUGAGAUGUUUCUACUCACAGGUGUAGUUGCACAGAUAAGUAAAAGUAAAGUAGCAUAUUUCACAUCAUAGCUAACAAUAUAUUCUUCAGUGUCCUCCCAUUCUUCUCAUACAAUGUAAGUCAGAUGGUUUAAAACUGUUAUUCAGGGAACUGCUUUAGAUAUCAGACGUUGGAACUUAAUUUGUGAUUAUUUACUGUAACUUCGUAAUGUGCCAGAGCUCCUUUUAAACUGUUAAACUUUUUUGCUUCAUUGUCCCUUUCAAGAUAUCUUAUCGACUUAUUGGGAAGCAAAAAUAACAAAAAAAAGAGACAGUUUUUGACUACCUUACGACAACGGUAAAAGCCAUACUUCAGGUAAAAUAUUAUGAUUGGACUGCUGACAGUAUUAAGAAAAUUAUAAUUUUACCGGCAUUUCUACUAGCAGAGAAACUGUAAUACACAAAACCCCCAAGACUCUUAAAAGCAUAGUUUGGUUUUCAGUAGAUGGCUAUCAGAGAAAAUUUAGAUUGAAGAAGUAACCAUACACAGGAAGAACUGUUCCUUAGGCUCCAUUCACACCAGAUUGAGACUGACUUAUGGCCUCCAGACCCUCUAUGACUAUUAGAAGGUUGCUGAGUCGGGUAAAAUCUCAAUUUCAGUAGGCAGUGGUAAUCCUGCUGUGCAUUUAGUACUCAUCAAUAAUUCUCAUCAAAUAUGAUUUUUGUUUUCUUGCAAACCUACAGCCACAGGUGUCACAUCUUCUCUAAGGAGUUUCUUAUCAGUCUAUAAAAUUAGUGCGUAAAUAUUUGACACCAUCAGUUUCAAUCGUACUAUGGUUUUCUGAAUCCUUUGUACUGCUGGCAUCCCGAGUAAUAAUGCUAACUGGGUGCAACGCUGUACAUACUGGUAACUCUCUUUAAUGUUAUGGUGUGGGCUUAAUCUGGAGUGAUAUGAUGUCAUCAUAUCAAUUAUAACAUGGUAUAAUCGUUUUGAUAAGGUAAAGACUACUCUUAAACUCUUCAUGUAACCCCACUAUGACAGAACCAAACUAUUCAGUUAAGAUCACGGGGGUGUCAUAAUCCAUACUGAAAUUACAGUGGUGGGAUGAAUGUGGGUUUUUUUCCCCAAAUAAUUGAUUUGUGCUCUAGUUAUCCCCAUGUUUGUUCACUUUAUGGUUCAUAAAUCUAACGAGGGUGAGUUUUCAACCCUACAUCACUAUGCACCUCUGUUUUGUUUUUAAAGAAACAUUUAAUGGUUCAACAACACCUUUUCAACCACAUGGAAAUUCCUACUAGUAGCCAAAAAUGUAAAUUAUGCAAAGUUCAACAACUGGCUGAUCUUUUUUUUUUUUAAAUAAAAAAAAUAUAUAUGUUAAACUGUAACUUACUAGCCAUGGUGAGAAAAGAAUUAUUGACAACAAAGAAACAUGCUUAUAUCUGCUGGAUGUAUCCAAAACGUUAAACAAACAAAGUUUGCUUUGGGCCUCUGCACCGACUAAUCAGACUCAAAUGCAUCCCAGGAAGCAGUUCUUAUUGCCCAGACUUGAACUGUGAUUCACUGCCAUUUACAAACUAGAAACUUAUUACAAGUUCAAUUGUAAACUCAGGCCCCUAUUAUUGCAAUGUAAAUUCAUUCUUUUCUAAUACUGAGUUUUCACUUGCCUUUAGUGGCCGUUUAGGCGAUGCAUCUCUAUGCCAAAGUCAAUUCUGACAAAUAAUGAAUCUCCUGUUACCGCCACAAUUUAGAUAAACAGCCAAGGACAGCGCCGAUCCUUCGCAGGACGUAUAUUGCAGUGUGCCUCUGUCAUUGAUGCCUCGGUAAGAAAUCAUCGAAUGCCACUGAUUUGUGUCCAAAAGCAUUAGGAAGAAGACCCUUUUCUCCUGGACCUGACAUUCUAUUCACCUCAGCUCACGAUUGGCUGAAUCAUUACAGGGUAAUGAGAGUGGAAAAUGGAAUCCCUCAGGCCUGUUUGGGUCCGUUAUUAUCAUCCUUCAGCUGGAUUUUAUUAUACUGUGCCAAUGAUGAGUUCCUCUCCUAUGAUCAUUUUUGCAUUUGCGUCCUGUUUAGUCUGUGUUCUUGCACAGUCAUCCACCUUGGGAGUUUCAAAUUGGACAAAAAAAGUAGACGGUUUUAAAGUUUUUUUUUUUAAGAUCUAUUGUGUUUUUUUGUCUUGUGAUUAAAUUAUGCCCACAGGAACUCAUUUGGGUACUCCAAAGUAAUUAAUACAGGCUUGUUAUGAGAAUUGUGCUUAUUUUACACUGUGUCCAGGGGCCAUGGUCCUGGGAUAGAAGACGCAGUUAGUGACCAAAUUAGUUUUGGACCCAUAACCAAGACAAGAGCAAUGGUGCAGGAAAAAAAAAAAAAAAACUAAAACAGGACUUACCAUAUAGCAAUAGUAGUUCAUGUAUACAUUCACUGAGCACCUUUUUGGGCACAUCUGUUCAUUUGCUUUCUUCCAUAAAUAAGUCAGGCAAAGACUUGGCAGCAUUUCAAUGCAAUUAGAAAUCUAGUUGGCUUCAAUACGACUUGAGUUCAAACCAAUAACUUGCAAAGGGGGAGAUGGUUUAAAUAACUUUGGAUUUACCAUAGAUGUUGGUGCCAGAUGGGCCAGAAACUGAUGAUCUACAGGGACUCACAACUAUCUUUGGGAUUUCCAGUGACUAGUCUAGUUGUGUAGAAGAAACUCAACCUUUAAGGUUGAAACUGGUGCGUAUGUUUUCUUGGCACAUUUUGGACAACUUAGUGCCAAUUGAGCAUUGUAGAACACCACAAUCCCCCUGAGUAGUGUCACUAACCACCUCUUUCCCUUAUGGUGGCAGUGUAGCCAUCUUCUGUACCAUGUCAUAAAGCUCAAUCUCAAACUCAUUUUUUAGACACUGUUCACUGCGGUGAACACAUUUGAGAUGUAGUGGAUUGAGAUAUUUUAACUAAAUGUUCAGCCAACAAAUCUGCAGCAACUUUUGAUCUGUCAUUCCAAAAGGUACCAAGACCUUGGAGAGAUGUUCCUGACACCUGGUUGAAUCUAUGCUACUAAAGAAUUAAGACAGAUCUGAGGGCGAAAACAGGGCUGGAACUAGAACUAGCCUGGUGUACCUAAUAAAGUGGCCAGUGAAUGUAACUUCAGAGAACCAUCACAGAGCUCCGGAUAUUGUACGUAUUUUUUGACCAAUAAAAACACAAUAAUUUUCAUGAAACCCAUCAGUUUAGAAUUAAAGCAAAGCUACAAAUGAUGCAGCGUUUGUACACAAAACUCGCCUGACAGAUCAGAUAUCAGAACAUUAAAUGAAUCCAGUCAAUUCCUAUGAAUGUGACAUUUGUGACAACAAGCAAUAAUAAAGACUGAGUGGUAAUCUUAUGCAGAUGAUACUCAAUUCUACUUUAGUCUGUGGAGAUGUAACAUUUUUAACCUUACACUGGUUUUUGAAACUUUACUGAACAUUUUGUGUUCGCUGUUUCUUUUUGUAAGCAGAUAACUCAGUUUAGACCACCAUCCUUACUAUGAAUAACUUGACUAAUAUGGUUAUUCCUAUGUGUAAACAUAGCUUGCAUCAUGUAAACGAGACUAUUUAUUUAUGUAACCUGGUUCACUAUUAUUGUAGACCUAUUAAAAAAGGACAUGUUGAAAUAAUUAUUGUUUUACUCUGACAGAAAGCAUAUUAUGAUCUGGACGAACUGACCAAUCUUAAAAAUUAAAGCAAAAGGAAAUGAGUUGACAUGACAAAAGAUGUAUGACUUUGUUUUCUAUACUUGUUUGCAUUCCCACCAGGAGUUUGUGUAAAAGUUGUUUAUCUGUCUGGUUUUCGUACCUCAGUUCAGUUUAGAAACUUCUUUGGCACACUGACUCUCGGAUUUCCCCCAAAAUUUUGGAAAUGUUUUGUUCAAUAUCUUUUUUCUCUUUUUGCAACUUUGCAAACAUAUUUAGUGUUAUAUAAAUGUUAACAGAAACUCAGCUGUUCGACCCACAGGGCAUCAGUACAGAUAACAUCUGUGUUAUGCACACUUUCACACAUGGCUGCAGUAGCAUUUUGACAUCUGCAUUUGCAAAGCUGUGGACUUUGUUGCAUGAUUCUGAGUAUUUCUACUUUUUUUAAAAUCAUAAAUUCCAACUUUCACCUUUAAAAUAUUAAUAUAAACCUUUCCAUCCAUUUAGAUUUUUUAUGAUCAGUGAACACUGAAUUCCUCAUAUUGACCAAUAACAUCGGUCAAAAAAAUACAUAAUGCAAUUUUGUACUUAUUCAAAAUCAAACUUUAUGUACCUAUAUCUCCUCUGUGACAUCCCUGCUUUCUUUAUGCAUUUGCAGAGCAGAGUUGUAACUCUCCUCAAAUGAAAUUGCAACACCUCUCAGCAAAAUAUUGAUCCACCUAUUAUAAAUCCAUAAAUAAACCCAAUCAAUAUUGCAUUGCUACAAACAAACAAAAGCCUUGGUGAAAUAAGUCAUUAGCAGGGAAUAUUUUUGACUUUAACCCCAGCUUUUCUUUUUUCCAUAUUUUUUUUAAAUUCUGUCAAUCACAGAAAUGUAAACAAAUGAGUUACAUUUUAAUAUUUUACUUUCCUUUUCAGUUAUUACUUUUUGGCUAUCAUGUAUUAAAUAAAAGCACUGAAGCUUAAGUUGGCUUUCCUAAUGGAAGCAAAAUUUCCAGUGAGAGCAUUUCAUGGUGAAUGCCUCUGCUUUUUGACAGUCAUGAUGUUAUUGCUUUACUUUCACAGCCAGAAUUUAAUAUCUGCUUCUUCAAUCUUUGAGACCAGCACUUCAUCGUGUUAGAAUAGCAUCUGUUAUGGUGAAAUACCGCCUUUAUUACAUUUUAAGUUUUAAAUGUCAUACAAAAAAGAAUAAUGAUAUGUUUGUCCAUCCAUUUAGGCCAUUUUACAUCAUCUGUCUUGGCCCCAUCCUGCUACUUGGAAAUAUCAAUAAUUUACGAGGAACCUAUUCUGCCUUCCUGACAGCGACGGUUGUAUCGACUACACUCUCUUCUGCCUCUCUGGUUACACAUUAGUCUUAAUAUGCAACUUUGCAUGAAUCUAUGUUUGGGCAGAGGUUUAGCAGAGUCAUCUCAAAAACAAUUAAAUGCACGGGGACGUUGAAGGGAUGUUCAAUAUUUUGGUGGAUGGUAUGCAGUUCAGAGUUUUUUAGUAGACAAAUUCUCUCUGAAUCAUCUUCUUGUGGUAACACAGGUUUUGAUAUGAUGCUAAAGUCGGUUGUUUGUUGGGCCAAGACAAAAUGCACAGCAUUGUCUUAAGAUUUCCCCUCUUGGUCCGUGAUCCGUAACAAAAAAAACAACAACUUUUCACUUGAAUAAUGCAAUGAAUAAGUUUAACAGCUGCAGCUACUUGUAACUUAUCAGAAUCAGCAUUACAAGGUCUCGGCUUUGAUUUGUUUAGUUGACAAAGUCGAUAGUGUGAGAAAGGUAAAACCUGGUGUCGGUUUAAGUCACUGAAGCGUCGCUCUACCAGCUGUGCGUUGGAUGGCUGUUAAUCAAGGCAUCACUACCUGUCAGUCAGAAUAAAGGUCAGAGCAGCUCACACUGAUGUGCACGCGCACACACCUGCCAACACUGCAUCACCUGUCUCUGUUUCCCCCACUGCGUUGCCUCCUGCUUCCUCUCCCCUGCCGUCGGAGAGCUCUGGCCCAGUUCUCCCCCCCUCCAGGUCUGUCUGUACACUCCGCUCCCGCCUGCAAGUGCUGCUGAGUGCAGGGCUCUCUCGACACCACCGGGGCAGCAGAUAGGCCGGGAGAGCCCAGGAGCCUGGCAGGAGAAUCAAAGUCCUCUCGGUGAGAGUGAGUGGUGCAGCUAUCGCAGAGUGGCUUCCAUCUCUGGCAUGUCUGGCAGAUAGCGGCUAACACUUGCGUUCACUUUCUGAUGGUGCUGCCGCUGGAAUAAAGAGCUUCCCGAAAGCCCCACACACGCUGCUUUGUGCUGCGAGACAAUACCUCUGCAGUGGAGGCAGGCAGCGCUGACUGAGUGACACAAGAGUGCUGGUAAAAAGUGUUUGGUCUCUUAAGGGUGAGUUAUUGUCGCGCUUUCGAAAGUUUGUGUCGAGCGCGCGUGAGCCAGCAAGAGGCGUGGUGUUUAAUAGUUGACGCGAACUUUGGUGCCGUUGUUCUGAAAAUGAGCCUCCAUAGAGGGAUUAUAUGAAGUCUGGGUGAAAGGUGGGUCGCACAAUCUUGGCUGAAUUAUAAAGAUUCAGAUUCGCACAAUUAGGCGCCGUGACUGCGCGAGGCAAACGCGUUUGGCGCGCGCCCCCUUCGCGCCUGCCUCUAUGCGUCAAACUAUAAAACCUGAUGAGGGGUUUUGUUCUGUUUUUGUUUCAGUCACACAUAUGCUACUAUAGGACACAGACAACUUGGGUGAAUAUGAAAUACUGUUUUCAAAUGAUCACUUCAUAUAUUGAGGGGAAAGCCUGUCCCAACAAACCAGGCCUAUUGUGGAAAAAAAGGUAUAAAUAUUUUCUCCUAAAUCUAAACUGCAUGUGUAUGGCAUCGGUAAAUGCCAUCGAGCAUUAAUUUGAAAUAACUACGAAUGACUUUUAGAUUACGGUUAAGCAAUUUUGACCCAAUUUUAUUGCAGAAUUGUUUUAAUUCAGUCACAUUGAAGGGCUUCCACGCCUGAACGGCCUUUUUAAGGUCAUGCCACAUGAGCUAAGCCACUUUAAAAUCCUCACUUAGAUUUUUUUGAGUUAUUCAGAGGUGGACUUGCUGGUGUGGUUUUGAGCACAGUAUCGCUGCAAAGCCCAAGUGUUCUUGAGAAUAAGUCCAUGAAGUGAUUGCAAGUGAGUCACCGCCAGGAUUUUCUCGCAAAGAGGAGAAUUCGUCGUUCCAUCGGGUCGUCUCGGUCCAGUAAAGCACGCCAGACCAUCACACCAUCUUUUCUGACAGUGUGUUUGACACCAAAUGUGACCAGGAUCACAGCUUCCAAAAGGGUUCUCUUUUGUCUUAUCUGUCCACAGAAUAUUUUACCUAAGGUCUUGAGAGUCAUAAAGAUUUUUUUUUUUUUUUUUUUCAAAGAUUGAGAUGUAAGAUGUUUCGAGUUUCUUUCGGCCAGCAUUGAUUUUUGCCUUGAAAUUCACCCGUGGAUACCCAGUCUCUUUCUAAUUAUUGAAUCAUGAACACGAACAUUAACUGGAGUGAGGCCUGGAUUGUUUUACAUGUCCUUCCUGGAUGAAAUAUCUCUUGGAGAUAUUUUGACAGGUUAGGAAGGUACAGCACUUCUCCAUGUUUUCUCUAUUUGUUGUUAACUCUCACCAUGGUUCCCUGUAUCCUCAAAGCUUUAGAAAUGGCUUUGUUGCCAUUUUCAGACUUCUAGAUGCCAAUGACUUAGUUUCUUAUCUGUUCCUUUCUAUGAUCAAGGUAUGAUGUGUUGCUCUUGAGACCGUUUUAGUCUGCUUCAUGUCAGAAAGUUCUAUUUGAUGGGUUUGUUGAUUCUACUCAACCAAAAGGAAAAAGAAAACAAAGUAAAGGUGUUUUUCUAAGUUGUAACUUAGUUAUUUCUCUCAUCUAGUAUUUCUUUUUGUGGUCAUAGUUGGCAGUAGAUUAUCGCUGCAUGCUUUGAGUGUGAGACAGGGAAACACCAUCAUCACGUUCUUACUUUAUCACCAACGCAGACCCUCACACUCCUGACCAAUUUAGAGUCCUCCACUUGACUCACAUCCAGCUUCAUGCCAGCAGAAAGUCAAGCAGUCAAGCAUAGUAACUUCAAACAGCCUGGCAGCUCUUUUCCUAUAGAAAGACAGGCUACAGGUAAAAAAAAAAACCAACAAAAAAAGCAUCCACUAUUUUAAAGAGUGUAAGGGCAUCAGAAAUAAGUUGUUACAUGGUGUCUGAGUCAAACAGUGGUAUGAAAUAACCAUUAAACCUUAAUAAGCAAUUAAAAUAGCUGCCAUUUUUUUCUUUUUAAAGUACAGAAAAAAUAAUCUGGUAUCUUGGAGGUGAAUCUCCUUAACUGGAGAUAUUUUGACAGACCAAAGUUCUGGCCAGAAAGUCCAGCAUUUACAGUAUAAAUAGCAAAACAAGGCACAUUUACUCUUAAUAGGUUUGUUAUGUGUAUUGAUAAUAGUUAAACAUGUCUAAAUGUGGAAUUAAUUUGUCGCCAAAUAAGAGUAUUAAAAUUAAAGGAUGGAAUUUGUGUUAAAUUUUCAGAAUAAAAUUGCCACUACAAUAAAACAAACGUAAAGUAUGCAUUGAAUAAGUUAUUCAUGGAGCUGUUGUGUGCAAGCCUCAUAAUACUUUCAGUUGGUCAUUCAAAGCCCUAAACUUUAAAUCAGUUAAUAUAAUUAAAACAAAAAGCUCACAUUUCAGUCAUAAAAAUUGACAUAUAUUUUUUAAAAUACUGUUAUUUGAGGAAAGAUCAUUAGGCUGCAUUCUCCUGAAGUCUCAUGACCCGUCAAGCUAAAUCGUAGCUGCACUUUGCGCCAGAGAUUCCCUCAGCCGAUCAGCUGCAGGCUAAACCAAACACCAUCGACUCCCAACAAAAACCAGAUGUGCUGCUUUCACACCUGACCUCUUCUUUCGCACCAACCUGCUCCUGGUUCGGCUAUUUCAAGUACUGCAGCAGGUUUUUCAGCUGAUCGACAGUCACCAGUUAACUUUCCGUCACGUGUGAGCCACAAUAAGACCCCAGCAUCUCUGCGUCCGUCCAGGAGCGAGGUUGGAGUGUUGAGGUCGGGUCACGGUAUGAAAUGUGAUGCAUGUUGAGCGCGUGUGGUACAAGAGAGAGGUCAGACCUUGAAAGCUAGCUGAGAAAAGAGGCGUGCAUAGCAGAAGGAGACCUUGGCUUACAAUAGCAUGAAAAUAAUUAAUUUGUUCAUGAAGGCAAAAAAGAAGGGAAGUAAAAAAACAACAAACUGAGGAUACAAAUUGAUUGACUCUCCUUUUAAGAUAUCGAGGUAGCUGCGGUCUUUUUUGUGAGGUUAUUGUUCAUGUAAUUAAUAUCUAAACUUUUCAGAUUAAUACUGUGACAUGACAUGUAAAUCAAUGCAGUACGUUGUAACAGUAUUCCCCCAUGUUGAACUUUUCCCCACUUCGUCACUCUACAACGCAAUUGUAAUUAACUGUUAGUGGUGGUGCUACCACCUUAUUUGCCUAAAGUGAUGAUGAUUGUUUUCUGCCACACAGCAUUUUGCAACUCGUCGCAAUCGAUUUUAGUGGGGUUUAGUGAGGGCGGCUGAAUCAAAAUGAAAGGCACACUUUUCUAGAUUUUUAUUUAUAAAUAAUUUGGAACCUAUGUCACAGAAAGUCCUAAUGAAAUUGAAGCUUGUGGUCAUAAGGUGGCAAAACGUAAAAGAAAGUUUAGAGGUUAUGAAAUGGACUUUGUGUUACAUCUGACUGAAUGAAAGACUAAAUUCAAUCUUAUUGACUGAAUUGUUGCUUUCAAAGCAUAUUAAGAAUAGAGCUCUAUUAAAUAGCCUCUUUGAACCUGUAGGUCUGUUUUUAACUUAGGAAAAAAAAAUCUUGCAUCUCUUGUUACAAUUGUCUGAGACUCCUUAAAAACAAAACAAAUAUCUGCAUUCAAGUUUAGUGUGGAAUUUAAAUAAGGGGAGGACCGAUUUAUCGGCUCAGAUUUUCUUCAUUUUGAGAGGUUGGUGAUCCAAUCUAAUCCACAGAUCUCAUCUACCUUGGCAGGUUAAAUAAGAUCUACCUUGGCAGACUUCCAAGGUAAUCAACCACUCUCGUCUUUUGCUCUGCUGUGAGAGAGGUUUGACCGACAGACCAAUCGGCAUCGACGCUACUUCUAGUUCCAGUCUUACUUCUUCCAGACGAACCUAAAAUAGUACGGUGCUUGAAGUUACUAAGACCUAUCAAACACCAGCAUCAGCCAAAAGAAAAGGCAGCUCAGGGCAUCUAUCACUGUUGACUCAAUCCAGCAGGUGAGGUGACAGAUAAUUUGGACCAGAAUAAAAAAAACAACUAAUCAAAGUCAAAUAUCCCAUGUGCAUCAUAAAAUAUGAAGAGCCUCUCCGUAAGCACGCCAGCAUGCAAAUAUGACAAAAAAAAACAAACAAAAA